CCCCGCGGGACGCGGCGUGGACAGACCUGUUGCCUGGCAAUUAAAAGUCUGGAAGAUUUGAUUUCAAAACAUACCACAAAUUUCAAAAGAAGUAAAUCUACAUGAAGAGCUACAAAGGGACUUGAUUUGAGAAGAUACAGCGUUUGCAAAAAUGUCUUCGAGUUGUGUGACUUCAGUGUUUGCUUUGAUGAUUUUGUGCUUUGCAGCUGCAGGUCCUGUGCCUAGGAGUGAAUGUGUCUUAUCACCUGUUAACAAUUCGCACCCAGUCCAUGCCUUAUUGGAGAGUUUUACGGUCUUAUCUGGCUGUGCAAGCCGAGGCACAACAGGCCUGCCGCAAGAAGUGCAUGUCCUCAAUCUCAGAAAUCCCGAGGAGGGUCUUGGCCAUCAUGAAAGAGAGGUCACGUUACAUUUGAAUCCAAUUUCAUCAGUGCAUAUUCACCAGAAGCCUCUGGUGUUUCUUCUCAACUCUCCUUUGCCUCUGGUCUGGAAGCUGAAAACAGAAAGACUGGCACCUGGAAUCCGAAGAGUUUUCUUUGUGUCUUUAGGUUCUGUUGUUCAGUUUGAGAAGGGAAAUUUCUCCUUGUCAGCAGAAACAGAAGAAAAGCUUUUUCCUGAGAAAAAUGAACAUCUGCUACAGUGGGCCCAGAAGGAAUAUGGAGCAGUAACAUCUUUCACUGAACUCAAAAUAUCAAGAAACAUCUAUAUUAAAGUAGGAGAAGAUCAAGUUUUUCCUCCUUCGUGCAACAUAGAAAAGAAUUUUCUAUCUUUAAAUUACCUUGCGGGAUACCUACAGCCAAAAACAGCAGAGGGGUGCCUUAUGUCUAACUUAGUCCAAGAGAGAGAAGUUCAUAUCAUUGAACUAAUCACUCCAAAUUCCAAUCCAUACAGUGCUUUCCAGGUGGAUAUAAUCGUUGACAUUAAACCAUCUCAACCAGGCGCCAAGCUUGUCAGAGACAUUGUGCUUAUCCUCAAGUGUAAAAAGUCUGUCAAUUGGGUUAUCAAGUCGCAUGAUGUCCAGGGAAAGCUGGAAGUGAUUACAUCAAAUAGUAUUGGGUUUGGAAAGGAAACGGAACGAUCCAUGACUAUGAGUAAAUCAGUAAUACCUGAUAUACCCUCGUCGCAUGAGAGUUUGAUCAAGUGGGCUUAUGAGCAUAACUAUAGUCCAGUUACUUCCUACACAAAAGCCCCUGUUGCUAACAGAUUUCAUCUGCAUCUUGAAGAUACAGAAGAGAUGAAUGAUGAAGAAAACCAUUCCCUUCCUCCGGAACUGACAGAGUUGCUGGGUGCUAACCCACUGCCUGCCCCAAAGAAUCCUGCAUUAAGUGAUGGCCUGACUUUUCCUUUUCACAUUAACAGAGGAAGACAUGACACAGUGGGAGAAGGAAUCUUUCCGUCCAGGGAUUCAGUGGAUACGUUAAUAAAUCAUGACUUUGAGCAUUCCCUCUCAAAACAUAAAGAACCGGAAGAGGUUCAGGGCAGUGCUGAUGUAGCCCUGUCAAUAAAGUGUGAUGACAAAGUCAUGACAGUAGCUGUAGAAAAAGACUCUCUGCAGGCUAGUGGCUACACAAGGACAGAACUCUCGCUGCUGGAUCACUCUUGCAAAGCCAGGAUGAAUGGUACCCAUUUCAUUUUGGAGUCUUUGCUGAACAAAUGCGGGACUCGGACAGCAUAUAUCUUGAACAAGAUUGUUUAUUUUAACUCUAUUGUCAUUCAGCUGUCAUCACCAGCUGAAAGCAGCGGCUUUGAUGAUGAUGACAUGGAAUCAGGUGAUAAUGGAUUUCCAGGGGAUGCUGAUGAGGGGGAUGUUGCUUUCUCAAGCUGGCCUGAAAUAGCGUUUAAUUGCACACUGCACCAGCCAGAGGGUGACAGAGGCAUGUUCUGGCCUCCUGAACCACACAUCACCAAUGUGACCUUCAACAUGGAGCUGUACAAAACAGAUCUGUUCCUUGCUCCCUCCCAAGGACUCUUCUCUGUUGCUGAGAAUGGGCCAAUAUAUGUAGAGGUGUCCGUGACUAAAGCUGACAGAUCCUUGGGCUUUGCCAUUCAAACAUGCUUUGUUUCCCCAUUUUCAAAUCCAGAUAGAAUGUCUGACUACACUAUUAUAGAAAACAUUUGUCCUAAAGAUGAAUCUGUUAAAUUCUACAGCAUUGAGAAGGUGAACUUUCCGAUACCACAUGCACAGAAGGACAAAAAAAGAUUUAGCUUUGUGUUUAAACCAAUGUUCAACAUCUCACUGCUCUUUCUUCACUGUGAGUUGACUUUGUGUACAAAUAAAGACAAAGAUACUCAAGGACUGCCAAAGUGCAUUCCUCCUGAUGAAGCUUGCACCUCUCUCAAUGUGGAUAUGAUCUUGGCCAUGAUGCACAACAAGAAAACCUUUACCAAGCCCCUUGUUGUAAUAACACAUGAAGGAAAACCAGAAGAUCCUUCCCUUCCAAAGCCAAAUGUGAGACAGCCACCUGUGUUCUACGGUCUGGACACACUGACUGUCGUGGGCAUUGCCUUUGCGGCAUUUGUAAUUGGAGCCCUGCUAACAGGAGCACUCUGGUUUAUCUACUCUCACACAGGGGAAACAGCAGGAAGACAGCAGGUCCCUACGUCCCCACCAGCCUCCGAGAACAGCAGCGCAGCGCACAGCAUUGGCAGCACGCAGAGCACCCCUUGUUCUAGCAGCAGUGCAACCUAACUCUGGGGGGACACAGCUGAGGAGCAACAUACGAGUGCAGAGGUUCAAGGACUGUGUGUGGACAUGAGCUUUUUAAAGUUAAAAGGAUUGGUUUGGUUGCUUUUGAAAAAAAUGAAGAGGGAUUUUUCUACAGGAAAAAAAAAAGAGACUGAUUUUUCUUCUGGGGAAGCCACUGUGUGUGUGAGUGUGUAUACGUGCACACAAUGCAUGGGUAAACACAGCCUGUUGGAUCUUCUACAGCAUGUUGUGCUACAUGUGACAAAGCUACUAAUUUUACAGUACUGCAACCUGUUCUAGGGGUCCAUGGGCCCUCAAUGUGAAAUCUAUGCCAGUUUGGAAAAAUGCUGCUUUGUCUAUAUGACUUUUUUCUUUCCCUAAACCUGCUUAUUGACAGAAGGUAUUCAUUAAGGGAAUUCAACAAGAUAAACAGAACAAAGAUGAUCUUAGGUCAAAGGAUUUCUAUUUGUCUAAGCAAGAAAGCCUCAAGGUCAGAUCUCUUUGGUUAGUAACAUUUUAUUAUUUCAGCUAUGUUUAGCCACUUUUGAGUAACCUUUGUUUUGUUAAGCUUGUAGCUACAGCAUCUCAUUUGCUUUCCUGUUGUGUUGCAGCUUCAGGUUUGUUCCAGGUAUUUUUGUUUUAAUAUGCAUUGAUUUGCUAAUGGGAGAAGAGCACACUCUAACAUUCCCUUUCUUGUUCUCUGGGCCAAAUCUCUUUACUAAGAGAUUUUUUUAAUCUACUAUACCAAAUACAGACACACGCAAAAGUUAAGACAAAUAAUGUUCUUGUGCACUAACAUAGGUGUGUGUGUACCUUUAAUGGCAAUGUCUUAAUGCAAAUAGAUGUAUACUGGAGUAUACAGAGCCUAACUUACCACUUUAACAAUUGGGAAAUUAGCUCAGUGUUCCUUCCAUACAUAAAAUGUAUAAUGCAUAUAUAUAUAUAUAAAAAAAAUAAAAAACAACUGUCUCUUCAGUUUAUAAUAGGUAGACAGAGGAGAUAAAAAAGGUGGUUUGGUUCUAAUCCUUUACCUAGCCCAAACUCCCUUUGAAAUAAGAGAUGGUUUUGAGGGCACAAAGAGUGUACAGUAGAGCUUAUUGUUUGUGCAGAAUACUGCCUAUCAAAAUGAAGCUAUUCUCUUAAGAAAGCUGUGCAGUUGUUUGUGUCAACCUGUUGUAGGAACAUUGCAAUUGGUUAGUCCCAAAGUAGUGUCAGAAUAUGGAAAUGGCAGAAAGGUACUAAUUGUCACAGUAUUUUUUUAGUGUCAUUGCUAUAUCUUGACCUUCAAAUCGAUGCCAAAUGAAAAAAGACACUUUUGAUGUGUAAUUGUUUGACUGUUUUGUUGCCACUUUGUAGUUGUAAUGUGUUCUACUGAUCCUUCUCCUUUGAGGAAAAAUGAGCAUUGUUUUCCUCUAAAAAUGAGGUGAGUAACUUUCUUUAAUUUUAGUGAAGGUUACCUGUGUUCUGCAAGGGGAGAAGGGAAUUCAUUACACUAGAGUGAUAGUCUGCUCUGAAGUCUGAGCUGCAGAUUUCUUUUGCUGAUUCUACACUUGUGCCUUGCUGAUGCCAGGAUGGUCAAAGUGCAAGAUAUGCAAUAGAUCUAAGUGCCCAGGAUCAGGUGGAAUAUUACUCACUUUAAAUCAAAUCUGUUACUAAUCCUGCAAACAUUUAUGCAUAUGAGUAACUACUGCACGCCUCGUCCUUGCUAGUACAAGCACAUGCUUAACUCUACACAUUAUGGCUAUUUUCAGAGUCCAUGGAGAUAGUUGGCGUAUAGUUACACAUAUGAAAAGUGUUUUCUGUUAGCAGGCCAGUGUGUAGUCCUGGUAACAUCAACAGGAUUGUCACAUAAGCGUAGUUAUCCCCAUGCAUAAGGGUAUGCAGGAUUGGCUCUGUUACCAGGUGUCGGGAGGAUGAAUGUGCUACCUGUGUGGUUGAAAAGAAAGCGCUUUGCCUAACCUUCAGCAGAAUGUAUUGUAUAAGCAUAUUCUAUGUGUAAAGUCUUUAAAGAUGUCUUCAAAGAAGACUAGAGUCUUUAAGUUCAAUCAUAGCUAUAUUUUACUACAUUAAAUUUCUGUAUAAAGAUAUAUUUAAAUGUUUUAGAUAAAUGUAAGUUACUCUAUAUGAAAUGUUUAAUUUCAAUUACUGUGAAAUUUACAUAUUUUGUAAAUUCUUUCCCCUGUUUUAACCCUUUCCUUCCUCAGAUAUUUUAUUAAGUGGUUUCUUAUAGGAAGUAUUAGAUUUGGUUGAUGGGAUGGACAGCUUGAAAACUUUUCUGUAAAAUAGGUAAUUGUAUAUUUUUGAGAGAAACAUGCUGCAUCAUCAGUGUUUUUUAUCAAAAAUUUACUCUAAUUUUAAAAUAAUUUAGAGAUUUAUCUUUACCAUUGGAUAAACCAAAAAUAUAUAAAGAUCAAAGAUUCAGUUUGUUGACUUGUAUUUCAAAUACAGUUUAAAUUAAUUAACUGAACUUGGUGUACUCAUAUUUAAUUCAGAAAUUCUAAUCAAUCUGAAUUAAUUGUCUAUUGGAGGUUACCAAAACUACGUGUAAUUACUUAGCAAAUGGAACAGCCAUUUCUGCUUCAAAAAACAGAGAGGGAGAGAGAGAACCAAACCCGGGCAUUCCCAGUUAAUAGCUUUAUUACAAAAAUGUAUAGUACUUUCCUGCAGGUGUUAAGCUGCCUGCAGUUCAGAGUACUGAUACACACCUAUAAGCUCUACUUUUAUAGCAGCCGUUUGUCUCUACUGCACGUUUCUGUGUGUGAUGUGGCAAGCUCCUGAAUGCGUAACCGCAAAGCCACUGAUGCCCGUCUCUGUCAAACCUGGUCUCACCGUGCUGGGCUUCACGUGGCAGAUACCCACGGGGUGUGGAAGGCCAGCAAGACGCUCCUGUCCCAGCGGAGGGCUUCAAAGCAGGGCAUCGGAGGGACAGGCUCGGUGGUAAAUUUCAGCGUGAUGGCAUUGACUGCGAAGGAACUUCUUAUGUAAGAACAGGAGGAUUGGGCUUAAAAGGGACACCUUCUGUCUGUAAAAGCUAUUAGUAAUGUACUUAAACUCCAAAGUAGACUGCUUGUUGUGUCACACGUCGUCUAAUCACUAACUAAACCCUUUACAGCAUUUGGUUUUGGACAUUACUAUACUUGUGUUUCAAGAAGUCAGACCUUUCUCUGUUAGGCUAUUUUUGUAGCAUUUUCCACAUGGAAAUGGAUUUUGCAAAAUGUCUGUAGAUGUUGAUGAUUGUAACCUUCCCCCUGCCCUUUUCUAACCAUUGCUCUCCUAUAUGUACCGUUCUUUCUGUUAUGUAUAUCUACCUCAUGCUUCACAAGAAGACUGUACUGUUGGUUGUGCUGACAGCUCUUCAUGUGAGGUGACUGUUCUGCCCUGUUGUUGUUUGUCAUUCAUGGGGAUGUUCAUAGUGUUAUCGGAUCUUUGCUGCCAUGUUCCUGCCAGUUCCAAACACAAUAUUCUCACCUUCAAAUAAAUAAAUACAUUUCUUUAAGAUCCGAAUGCCAGACGUGUUUUUAAAUCUAUGAAUGGGAGAAAUUUACUUGCUAAUACCUGUGGCCAGUGUGAACACCCCAUUUGUAUUUCAUAUUGCCUUCAGUAUUUCAGAGACUUGUGGAAAUGCAGAGUUGUACAGUUUUUAUAACCACAGUGUCAUGUCAUCUUAGUCUCUUGUGCAUAAUAAAGUAUAUAUCAAUUUAU